AUGCUCCCCUUAAGCCUCUUGCUAACGAGCUUGGAGAUCAUGAUCUGCUCCGCGAAGUGGUCCGUGCGCGAUCUAGCUCACCUGUUGAAAGACAAAGAGAUGCGGAUGUUCCUCUCCGAAGUUCGGGUCGUUUACACCAGUCGAAGAGUGGAGGUCGAUGUGGGAGUCAAGCGUGGAGUUGAUUCGACAUCGCAAAUUCCUUUGGAAGUGAGGUUGGUGGAGGCUAGGAAAGCAAGAGAGUCAUCUGCCCGAACGAAAGGUCCUUCUGCAACGUCAGCGGCUGAUCCAAAGGUGGACAAAUCUAGCCCUUCAUGGGAUGCAGGCGUGUCUGAUCUGCUAAAGACGCAAUUUCUAUCAAGUCCAUCCUCUUGUGCUGAGCUGUCUUUCCUUGAAAAACAAAGGGAAGCGACACUUCAUCUGCUUCAAAAGGGAGUAGUUUUUGCUGCUGAGACCAUUCGAAACUCGUCUGCUGUUGCCCCCUCUUCUGCUCAGCUCAGCGAGUUGGAGAAGAAGAAUGCCGAGUUAGUUAGCAAACUUUCCGCCGAGCAGACCCGUUAUGAGAAGAAGACAUGCUUACUUCCACCUUGGCAACUUCACGCCUAUCAUGAGUCUGCUGAGGAAUCCAAGUCCGAAGUUGCCAUGGACGCGUACAAGUUGGGCUACCUGGACUGCACAAAAGGAUAUGAUCCCUUCUACGCCAUUGGAGAUGAAGACAUCGAGAUGCUCUAUCCAGACUUGCCCCCUGCGGAAAGUGAGGAGGCUAAUGCUGUGAACACCGGAGGAGCUGAAGAGCAGGUGGCUAAAGAGGCGGUAGCUGAGAAGGAUGGAGUAGAGGAGGAUGCAGCCGAUGGGUGGUGGUAG